AUGGUUCCACUACAGGAUGGCGUAUGCGAUAACCAAUGGAAGCGAAAGGCGUACAUCGAUUGCCACCCUGACCCAGGACCUUCACCCGUGACUUGCAUGGAACGUGGCUGCUGCUGGACUCCUAAAACACGACCAAUGGCUCCGCAGUGCGCCCUUCCGCCUCACGCCGACCGCUAUGUCCAGACGUCCAUAGUGCGGACAAUGGACGCUUGGAGGGUUAACAUGUCACUUCUAAAUAAUGCCUCGGCCCCCCUGCCAUUACCAGAGUCAACGACGGUAACCGUUACUGGCAUCUACUUCGAUUACAGCAUCGCACGAUUGCGUAUUCACGACGCGACGCAGAAGGAAUUUGAGACACCCGUCCCGCCAGUCCAGCAAGGGGACAGCGUUGGCGUCGUUUCCUACCGCUUCACAGCCUAUCCCCGUUUCGUCUUGCUCAGUCCAAAAAGUUUUCUCGCAUACAAAUUGAAAUUUCUGGUUGGAAAGAUGUUCCACGCUGACGGCCUCAAGCAGCUCGUGGUCAGUCUACCCGGCCGCAUCGUCUACGGUCUGAGAGGUCCGCGUGGGGUCCCAUUCGUAGAUACGAGUGAGUGGAGCCGGCACGCCUUCUACAGGUUGCAUCAACAGGUAGAGCACAGGGAGAAUGAGCCGAUGACAUUAGCGUACGAGUCGGUCCAUCCUUUCUUGGUGAUGGCGACAAGGAAUACCUCUGUGGGCCUCUUUCUUCGCACUAGCAACGACGUGGAGCUGACACUGUCACCCAACCAAAUGGCCACGUUCCUGGUUGCUGGUGGCGUGCUGGACUUCUUUGUCUUCUUUGGAGCCAGUCCCGCUGAAGUGGUCGCGCAGUACACAAGACUCGUGGGUCUGCCGGCGAUGCCUUCGCUUAAUUUCAUCGUGACUGGACCAACGGCCACUAUCAACAACAGAGUUGUUCCCUUCACACUGUUCGUCCCCGAGGAGAUAAAGAAGAACGGCAUGGACGACCCCCUUCGUUUGGCUGUUUUCCGAGACACUGGAGGCGCUGUGCUCACAUGUAGAACUGGCCGCGGAUCCGUGGAGAGGCUUGUUGAUCUGACGCAUCCGGCUGCUGAUGACGAGUGGUCCAAGAUGUUUGACCUCAUUCAAGUUAUCGAAAACUUCAAGACUACAGGCGUACUGUGGCUGGAGGCACUCACGUGCUUGAAAAACGGCAUUAACGUCACCGACUGUCCGGUGCACGCAAGGAGGUUCCCUGAUGACGUAUGCGGCACGGCCCAGCUGCACGGGUCUCCCUACUCUGACGUGCGGAACGCGUACGGCUAUCUCAUGGCGCGAAUGGCCCACCGGGUCAUCACGCCGAAGAGACAGGCUUAUCCCGUGUUGGCCACUGUCAACGACACGUUUCCUGGCAUCGGCCAGUGGAACGUCUUCUGGAGACUCGCACGCGGAGAGGGACCAAACGGCAUCAUAAAGGCUGUUCGAGACAUCCAGCUCUACAGCAUACUUGGUCUACCAUACUUUCUGACCUCCCUGUGCCCGGUGCAAGAUGUAGAAAACAGCACCAUACACGGCAUCUGCAGCCUAUGGUUGAACUUGGCCACUUUCUUUCCCGUCAUGCAUCGAGUGAAGAUUCCGGCGACGUCAAACGAUGCUCCGACCGAAGAGUUGACCCCUGAGAUGCGGUACGUCAGAGGAGUGAAAGAUUCCUGGUCACUGCGCAGCAAGUUCCUUCCUCACCUAUACACGCUGAUCUUCAAAAGCUCCACGACCGGAGCCAUGAUUGUGAGACCUCUAGCAUUCGAGUUUCCAGGUGAGCAUCUGGCACACAUCUACACAAGGCAGUUCAUGCUGGGCUCACAUCUAAUGGUGGUUCCAAAGACGCAGUACGAGGAUUCAAACUUCUCCGUCGACGCUGCGCGACUGAUUUCGCCUCCGACGCCGGUGUACCUUCCGCCCGGUGUCUGGUACGAGUGGCCAAGCGGGAGGCACAUAAGCAGCCGAGGAUCUGUAGUCUACGUGUCUCCAGCAGACACACCCCAGCCUAGGGUGUUCGUUCGUGGUGGAGCAAUUCUGGUCACGAGAAACAACAGCAGAAUAAAAGAAAAAAGAAGUAUCGUGUCAAUUUUUCUUGUUCUUGUUUUUCAUUAUUUUCACGACAGGAUAAAGGACAGAGCAUCAGCGGCCACCAGUUUUCUAGAGCUCACCGUUUGUUUAAACGUUACGGGUUCCGCCUAUGGAGAUCUCAUUACGACGUCAUCACAAAAAGAAGCUACUAACCCCCACCUGAGUGGGCUGUACACGCACUUCAACUUCUUCUAUUCAAGAAACUUUCUUGCGGGCUACUGCUCACCGUGUGCCUACAGGGACGUCCUGCGCAAGAUCACCGUGUUCGGUCUCACCAGCCUUCCGUCUCGGGUGGAGUUCAACGGCAUGGAAUUGAGCUUCAACGUUAUCAAACAGGUUCUUGUGGUCGAAACUGCCUACCACAUAUUGACCGAGCCUUUCAUCAUGAAACUGACAUAGGCAUUUUUUGAGGAAGAAUAAAAGAAGUACCUCCGUUCCACAAGCACA